AUGGGGACAGGCAAGGUGAUGGUGGAGCUGGUGAAGAAGACCACAUGGAAAUUGAAAGCAAUAUACAGGUGCCAGCCAGGUCGGCUCUGGGUCUUCUUCAGCCUCCUCAUCCUCCUCUUGUUCACACUUCAAGUCAUUGAGAAGCUGCAGCCUCCCAGGAGCUGCCGCUGCGAGCUGGAGCGUGCCCUGCAGCAGCCCAUGGGCCAUUUGCAGCUUGGCUAUGCCCUCCAGACCCCAGGCUUGCUGUGGAAGGAGGAUCCCCAGCCCUGGCAGAGGCAAGCCGUGCCAGAUCCCACCUCAACUGAGAGCGUGCAGGAUGUUUUUCAGAUGCAUUUGUACUUCAGCCAGGAGACCCCACUGGAAAGCAAGCCAGGCAGCCCAGAGGAGCCCUGGAUGGGGCAGCCUGUGGAGAGCAGCAAGAAGGGGACAGCUCACCUUCCAUCCACGAGGCUGAAAUCCCAGCUUCUCAGCUUGAGAAAAGCAACCAGGGAGAGUCCUCCUCCGAGUCCUCCUGGGAGGACCUCCACGGUUUGGGGAGACGCCGACGCCGUCACCAGCAAGUUCAUCAUCUCUGCAAAGAGGAUGACCACAGAGGAGGCCAGGAGAACAUCCCCACCUGAGAGGACGCAGGGGGUGGCACAGAGCCAGCCUCAGCCUCCAGCCAGGAGCUCCCCUCACCACCCCUGGAGUAGCCUGCUGGAACAUGCCGUGCCAAAUUCAGCUCCCCCUCCCCACACAGAGCACUCCUACAAGACAGACCUGGACAGGGGGUCUUUCCCAAGCUGGACAGGAGUCUCUAAGGCUGAGGAGGUGACACUUGGAGAAGGCCAGGAAGCGUUUUCUCUAGAGGAGGCGUGCGAGCCCAAGACUGACAUUGUUUUCCUGAAGGUCCACAAGAGCGCCAGCAGCACGGUCAUGAACAUCCUCUUCCGCUUUGGGGAGAGGCACAACCUCACCUUUGCCUUCCCCGUGGGUGGGGGCAACCAGCUCUUCUACCCACGCCCCUUCCUGGCCAGGUUUGUGCAGGGCUUCUCCCCCAGGAGCCCUCGGCACUUCAACAUCCUCUGCCACCACAUGAGAUUUUCUCCUCCGCAGGUGCAGAAAGUGGUGUCCAGCUCAGCUGUCUACUUCUCCAUCCUGAGGAACCCCGUGCAGCUGAUGGAGUCCUCCUUCAUGUACUACAGGGGCGCGUCGGCUUUCUCCCGCGCUCGCAGCCUGGCGGAGUUCCUCAGCCAGCCCCACCGCUACUACAACCCCGCAGACAGAGACAGCCACUACGCCAGGAACCUCAUGACCUUCGACUUUGGCUUCAACCCCAACGGAGAGGUCUCUGCCCAGCGGGUGCAGCUGAUGCUGGAGGCCAUCGAGGCGUCCUUCGACUUGCUCCUCAUCUCCGAGUACUUCGACGAGUCCAUGGUGCUGCUGAAGGAGAUGUUGUGCUGGGAUCUGGACAGCGUCGUCUCCUUCCCGCUCAACACCCGGGACAGCAGCACCAAGGCUCCCCUCCCUGACACCCUCGUGGAGAAGAUAAAGGAUUGGAACAGGCUGGAUUGGGAAAUCUACACCCACUUCAACAGGACCUUCUGGGAGAGGAUCGAGCGGGACAUCGGCGGGGAGCGCCUGCGGCGGGAGGUGAAGGCGCUUCGGGCGCGACGGGCCCAGCUGGCCAGGACCUGCCUGCAAGGGACGGGCAGCGUGGCCCCCAAGGACAUCCAGGACUCCUCCCUGCGCCCUCUGCAGCACGGCAACGCCAAGAUCCUGGGCUACAACCUCAAGCAGGGCCUGGAUGAGGAGACGGAGUGGACGAGGAGACAGAGAGGCAGUGCCGGCGGCUGGUGA